UAAAACGACCUGUCGUUUACCGGGAUUAUUUCUUCUGCAUUUCUUUAUGGACUACUCGUCGUUUUACCACCACGAAUAAUUUUUCUUAGUCGACUGGUCAACAGACGGCGUCGUAUUUACUAAUAAAACUACAAAUAAGCUGCAUUACGCGGUAAAACUUUCUUAUAGACCAGAGAUUCAUGGGUCAUUCUCUGUUGCUAUGGAUUUUGAUCUCCAAUCUUUAGCUCGCUUACUUCAAUCCCUUAAUACCCACCGUUCAAUCCAACAUGGCAAACAGCUCCACAUUCUCUCUCUCAAAAGGGGUCUCAUAUAUUCCACUCUUUCACUGGUAAACCGCAUUCUGCUUAUGUACACUCGGUGUGGCAGCACCAGCGAUGCGCAUAAACUGUUCUAUGAAAUGCCCUAUAGAAACUGCUUUUCAUGGAACACCAUGAUAGAGGGCUACAUGAAGUCUGGAAACAAAGAAAAAUCCCUAGAGUUUUUUUAUUUGAUGCCCCACAAGGAUGACUAUUCAUGGAAUUUGGUCAUUUCUGGGUUUGUAAAAGCUUGUGAAUUUGACAUUGCUAGGAAGUUGUUUAAUGAGAUGCCUAGGAGAAAUGGGGUUGCAUGGAAUUCGAUGAUUCACGGUUAUGCUCGGAAUGGGUGUUCAAGAGAAGCUGUUAGGCUGUUUAAGGAAUUGAAUUUGAAGCCGUUGGAAAAAUCAUGUGGUGAUACGUUUGUAUUGGCAACUGUUAUUGGCGCUUGUACUGAUUUGAAAGCUAUUGAAUGUGGCAAGCAAAUCCAUGCCCGGAUUCUAAUAGAUGACAUGGAAUUUGACUCAGUAUUGGCUAGUUCUCUGAUUAAUUUUUAUGGAAAGUGUGGUGAUUUAGACAGUGCGAAUUAUGUCUUAAAUACGAUGGAGGAGGCAAAUGACUUUUCUUUGUCAGCACUCAUCACCGGCUAUGCAAAUUGUGGUAGAAUGAAUGAUGCUAGAAGAAUAUUUGAUAGAAAAAGUAGUCCAUGUGUUGUGGUAUGGAAUUCAUUGGUUUCUGGAUAUGUUAUCAAUAACAAAGAAAUGGAAGCAUUUGCACUCUUCAAUAAGAUGCAGAAAAAUGGAAUUCAAGUAGACUCAUCCACAGUAGCAAUUAUUUUGAGUGCCUGCAGUAGCUUUGGGAAUAUACAACAUGUUAAACAAAUGCAUUCCUAUGCCUGUAAAGUUGGAUUAGUUGAUGAUAUUGUUGUCGCUUGUGCUUUUGUAGAUGCAUAUUCCAAAUGUGGAAGUCCUAAUGAUGCUUGCAAAUUAUUCAGCGAGCUCAAAGCCUACGAUACAGUCUUGCUCAACUCUAUGAUCACAGUAUAUAGCAAUUGUGGUAGAAUUGAAGAUGCUAAACAGAUCUUUAAGACAAUGCCUAGUAAAAGCUUGAUAUCAUGGAAUUCAAUGAUAGUGGGUCUUGCCAAAAAUGGUUGUCCAAUUGACGCAUUGGAUCUUUUUUGCAAAAUGAAUAAACUGGAUUUGAGGAUUGACAAUUUUAGCCUUGCUAGUGUGAUCAGUGCCUGUGCUGGUAUCUCUUCACUUGAACUUGGUGAACAGGUUUUUGCAAGAGCAAUCAUCAUUGGGCUCAAAUCUGAUCGGGUUGUUUCUACCUCGCUUGUUGAUUUUUAUUGCAAAUGUGGUUUUGUUGACAUUGGGAGAAAACUAUAUGAUACAAUGACCAAAUCUGAUGAAGUCUCUUGGAAUUCAAUGUUGAUGGGGUAUGCUACAAAUGGUUAUGGAUUGGAAGCACUAACACUGUUCAAUGAAAUGAAGCAUGCUGAUGUGAGACCUACUGACAUUUCAUUUACGUGUGUUUUAUCCGCCUGUAAUCAUUGUGGAUUGGUUGAGGAGGGGUGGAAAUGGUUUAAUAUUAUGAAAUAUGACUAUCAUAUUGAUCCAGGAAUUGAGCACUAUUCAUGCAUGGUUGAUCUCUUUGCUCGUGCUGGUUACAUACAGGAAGCAAAGAAUCUUGUCGAGAAUAUGCCUUUUGUGGCAGACGCCAUUAUGUGGUUAUCUGUGUUGAGGGGUUGUUUGGCUCAUGGAGAUAAGGAUCUUGGAGAAAAGGUGGCAGAGCGAAUCAUUGAGCUUGAUCCUGAGAGCUCCAGUGCAUAUGUGCAACUAUCUGGCAUAUUUGCUACCUCUGGGGACUGGGAAAGCUCAGCCCUAGUUAGAAAGAUAAUGAAAGAGAAGCAAGUUAAAAAGCAUCCUGGUUUCAGUUGGGCUGAUUGAACAAGAUAUCUGGAAGCUUCCUUAUGGGGGCAUUGCCUGAACAAAGCGGCCACACUUUCUUCUUGGCCUAUAUGAUGAUUACAACAAUUUAUUCUAGGCAUUUCCCUAGUGGUGAGUAAGUUCUCUGCAUGCAAUUAGAAUUUUACUGGAAAGCUCUUGAUGGUUGUGCCUAGAUUUGAAACCUAUGAUGCGUUUGGAUCUUCCCUGUCUUUUGCAGUGAUCAUCAUUGCAUGGAUUUGGAGUUGAGGAAAGGAGGCUUAUGCAUGGACUUGAAGAGGAAGAAAGUAGGGUAGCCAUCGAAAUCAUCAGCAUACACUGAUAUGACAAUUCAAGCAGAGGUGCAAACAUGAAUUACACUAGAAAUGUACAGUUAUUUUUUGGGAAGCCCAAAGACUUCUUCUCCUAUAGAAGCUCAAUUAUGCAGAUGAUCUCAUAGCAUCUUGAGAUCUAGAUAUGUGAUAUAUUGAAAUUGAAUUAGAUAGUUAUGGACAUGACUUGCAUCAGGAAAGUUCAUGCCUCGCUCUUUGAUCUUUGGCAAAGUUAGUCCCUGCUCAACUACAAUAGGUAAUGUGUUUGAGUCAUCAGCUUGGAAAAAAAAAUUUGUUCUCAUUACUUUGUUCUUAUCUUCAGCUUGAAAAAAAAAAAAAAAAGUUCUCAUUACUUUGUUUUCAUCUUGCAUAUUCUGUAAAUCUUGUACUCUAAAUUGAGGAAUUUUUAAUUGUAGCUUAAAUUUUGAGCUUCAAAUGCAUAGUGGAUUUAUUUGUUUA